AUGGCAGAAGAAGUGGCAUCACAGAUGAACUCCCUCUCAAUCUCAUCCGCAACAAUCUCCCUCGUUUCAGCUGACGACAUUGUUUUCAAGGUUGAACCAACAAUCGCAAAAGAAAUGGAAACCGUUCAGGCCUUCAUCGAUGAUACCGACGGCAAAAUCACGACAAUUCCUCUCCCGAACAUCUCCAGUCACGACGUUCCUUACAUAAUUGAAUACUGCGAGAAGAGCGUCGCCGGAACGAUAACUAAGGAGUUCGAAUCCGAGUUUGUGAAGAAGCUGAAUAAUGAAGAGGUGAAAGAGCUUUUCCUUGCUGCGAAUUAUUUGAACAUCAAGAAACUUCUGGAUUUUCUGAGUCAGGUUAUUGCGGACAGAAUUGCGAACAAGAGUGUGGAGUAUGUGAGAAGGUAUUUCGGAAUUGAGAAUGAUUAUACGCCUGAGGAAGAGGCCAAGCUUAGGGAAGAACUGGCCUGGACUUUUACUGGAGUUGAUCCAGAUGAUGAAGAUGAGAAUUAG